AUGGUAUAUAAAAAAGAAACUGUUCAGCAGAGGAGACGAUUUCGCGAUCGAUCAAUAUCUGAACUUCAAAGUGGAUUACUACCGAAAGCAACUAUGGAUUCAGAAAAAGCUCAAAUUCAUGGACCAAUUCAAUCAGCCUUAUUUCGAUACACUUCUCGUGAUAUUAUCUUAUAUGCUUUAGCAGUUGGAGCAAGUGUGGAAAACCAGUUACAAUACUUGUUCGAAAAUCACAGUGAAUUUGCAGCAUUGCCUACAUAUAUUAUCGGUCCAGCUUUGGAGGCAACUGUUACGAAAAUGGAAGAAUGGCCAGGCAUAACAUUCGACUUAACAAAGAUAUUGCACGGAGAACAAUACUUGGAGCUGUUUACUCGAGUACCAACAGAAGGUGAACUGCGAUUUGUCGUAAACAUUCCGGCAGUGCUUGAUAAAGGCAAGGGAGCAGUAAUUCUUGCAGAAGUAACAACGUAUGAUAAACAGACAAACACUAAAAUUGCAAGGCAACAAAUUAGUCUGUUUCAACUUGGGUCAGGUGGAUUUGGUGGCUCGAAAACGUCAGAACACGAAAUACCAUGUCAACCGAUACCGCAACGUGACCCUGAUAAUGUUACCGAACAAGCAACUGAUGUAUCUCAGGCGGCGUUCUAUCGGUUGGUUGGUUGUGAUCCAAAUCCACUGCACAUCGAUCCACAAUUUUCUGCUCUGUUAGGUUUCGACAAACCUAUUUUACAUGGGCUUUGUACUCUUGGCUUUUGCGUGAGACAUGUUUUAAUGGCAUUUGCUGGCGGCAAUGAUCAGUAUUUCAAAAGUGUCAAGGCUCGUUUUGCGAGUCCAGUAAUACCGGGACAAACACUUCGAACGGAAAUGUGGAGAGAAGGACCAAGGAUACAUUUCCAAACAAAAGUAAAAGAAACAGGGAAAAUAGUGAUAGCGAAUGCGUUCGUUGAUCUGCACGAAGUACCACAAAGUGUAAUUAGCAAGCAACUGUUCACUUGUCCAUCAACUCUAUAG